CGUCUUCUCUCUCUCUCUCUCUCUCUCUGCUCCCCGCCUCCCCUCUCCCCUGCUUUGACCCUGCUGGUUUGCUGGCUGGCUGGCUGGCUUUAUCUGCCCGGCUCGCCUUUCCCCGCCGCCUGGAUUUGUAGGAUCCAGGGACGCCGUUCGCCGGGGCAUUAGGUGAUCCGGCUGGGCUGUGUUGGGCUCGCGGCGGAGGAGGGGAAGGACCGAAGGAAGAUGACCGUGGAGGGGAGGGUCGGCGGGGGGGACGGCGGCGGCAAGGACAAGUUCCCGGUGGGCAUGCGCGUGCUCGCCGUCGACGACGACCCCACCUGCCUCAAGGUCCUCGAGAACCUCCUGCGCCGCUGCGACUACCAUGUUACCACCACUGGGCAGGCAGCCACCGCCCUCAGGAUGCUCAGGGAGAACAAGGACCAGUUUGACCUCGUGAUCAGCGAUGUCCACAUGCCGGACAUGGAUGGUUUCAAGCUCCUCGAGCUUGUCGGUCUGGAGAUGGACCUCCCAGUCAUUAUGUUGUCUGCAAAUGGGGAGACACAGACAGUCAUGAAGGGCAUAACUCAUGGAGCAUGUGACUACCUGCUAAAGCCGGUGCGUCUUGAGCAGCUGAAGACAAUAUGGCAACAUGUGAUUAGGCGGAAUACCAAGAACCGUGGUAGUGACAACGAUGAUGCCAGUCAGAAGGGGCCGAAUGCUGAAGGUGAGAAUGGUGGCGCUAACCGCAACAAGAGGCAGUCACGGAGGGAUAGAGAUGAGAAUGGAGAUGAUGGUGACGAUUCUGAUGAGAACAGUAAUGACAACGGCGACUCGUCAUCCCAGAAGAAGCCAAGGGUUGUGUGGUCUGUGGAGCUGCACCGGAAGUUUGUAGCUGCUGUCAACCAGCUUGGCAUUGACAAGGCUGUUCCAAAGAAGAUAUUGGACCUCAUGAACGUAGAGAACAUCACCAGGGAGAAUGUUGCUAGUCAUCUGCAGAAGUACCGGCUGUAUCUGAAAAGGAUGAGUAUGGAUGCAAGCAGACAGGCUAACCUAGUUGCUGCACUUGGAGGAAGGAAUCCUGCUUACAGCAAUAUGAAUUCAAUGGAUGUCUUCAGGCACUACAACAACGCGUAUGGUAGAUACCGACCAGUUCCAACCAGCACCCAUUCCCAGUCAAAUAACCUUGUUGCAAGGAUGAACUCCCCUUCUGCAUAUGGAAUGCAUGGGUUGCUGUCUCCACAGUCGCAGCCACUUCACCUUGGCCAUGCCCAGAAUAAUAAUCUGGGCACUUCCCUGAAUGAUUUAGGGGUCAAUAAUGGUAACCUGAUCAGAACUGCACACAUGUCAACGAUGGUGACUGGUACCUCUGGUAACACUUUUGCAAACAUAUCAAAUGGUGCACAAUUGGCUCCUACAAAUAGGGCAGUUCAGCCUCUUGAAUCAAGCAACAGGCAACACCUUGGUCGGAUAAAUUCGUCUUCGACAGACUCAUUUAGCUCAUUCACUAGCGAUUCUCCCCACUUUCCAGAUCUUGGAAGAAGUAGUAACACCUGGCAAACUGCAGUUCCAUCCAACAUUCAGCAACUUGGUCAGAACGGCAGCAUGUCCCAAGCAAGUUUUCAUGGGAAUGGUCCAAGGAUGGAACCUGUCUCAAGCUAUGCACCACCAUCAAAUCAGAUUACAUCUCUAGGAAAUGAGAUGCAGAAUCAAGUUGCGCCACUAGCUAGCAAUACCCUUCCAAUGGUAUUCAAUCAGGGUGCAGCGCCAUUCACCUUUGGAAACAGCACAAACUCGAGAGAGGCACACAAUAGCAACCUUGCGUUCAGCAAUUCAGGCAUCAACACUUCUUUGCCAAACCUUCGCAUUGACAAUUCGAUUAUGCCAAGGCAGACUCUGGAUGGCGGGAAUACAGGCGGUGUUCCCUCUCUGCAGGAUGGCAAGAUUGAUCAGCAAGCUGUUGGUAAUCAGCUCAAUUACAGCAACAAUGAUCUCGUGGGGACGAGUGGGCUGCAAAGGGAGCUCAGUGGUGGUUUGGAUGACAUUGUUGUUGACAUGUUCAGGCCGGAUAACGAUACUGGUGGCAUUUUCAUCGACACGGACUGGGGGCUGGUCUAGCCAGUCUGCUUUCACCAAGUCCCAUGCGCGAGAUUUUCCGCAUUUGUGUGGUGUCUGCUGCUGAUUUGUCCAUCAUAUGCAAUUGCCUGCUCAAAGUUGUCCAUAGUAGCAAGCCUUCAUCACAAAUGCCUUUUGCAUUUGGUUUUCUCAGUUUAGCGUUUGGUUCCGUGUUAGUCGUCCAGUAUUCAGAGUUAUAUUGGGUAACAACUAUAUGCUGUUUGGGUCCGUGACUCGCAUAAUUAUAUUAAUUCAGGUAUACCCUGUUUAUCGUAAGAUAUAGUAUGCUUGGUAUGCAAGUGAAUUCUUCGUGUUAA